GAUAUAUUCCAAUCAUUUCGGAAGUUUUCGAGGUUAUCGAAGGAUGCGUAUUUGUGAUUAUCUUUCUCCUGAACGCGUUUUAUAUUUGGUAAUUUGGACAAAGCGUCCAAAGCGACUCGCGCGCGAUAUUAGACCAACGUUGAUAUUUUAUGAUUAGUUAAAGAGACACAAUGGCUGUGAAGGCUGUAUUUGAUUAUAUGAAGCUGCAAAAUAGACCAUACAGUGUGACUGACGUAGUCACGAAUUUACAUAAUGAACACAAUAAAACCGCAGUUCAAAAGGCUAUGGAUCAAUUGGUGAAUGAUGGAAAACUGUUUGAAAAAGUUUAUGGAAAACAGAAGGUAUAUUGCAUAAUGCAAGAUUUCAAGGAGGACACUGAUGAGCUAAUGCGGAUUGACAAGGAACUACAGAAUCAUGCCAAUGAACUUGAGAGUAAAUAUCAGGAAGUCAUGAAAGAAACGAAAGAACAGGAUGCACUUCUGGCCUCUUUGAAGUCAAGUUUGACACUCGAAGACGCACAGAAAGAAAAAAUUGUUCUACAGAAAAGUGUAAAAGAGUUGACACAUAAAUUGGAUGAGCUGAUGGAAUCAAGUGGUAAUGAAAAUUUGCAAGAGUCUAAACGAAAGGCUCAAGAGAGUUUGGAUGAAUACUCACGCGAAUAUUUAAAAAGGAAGAAGAUAUGUGUUGAGAUAAUAGACUGCAUUUUGGAAAAUUAUCCUGGUAGCAAAGAAGAAUUGUACGAGGAAGUGGGCAUAGAUUCGACGACUGUAUAAUAAUCCAUGAUGGAGUUCUUAAUUCUCGAGGUGGGAAUUAUUGUAUCAUUCUUGUAUUUAUUUUUUGUUUUAAUUUCCUACAUGUAAAGUCAUAUUUAUAUUUAAUGAACAAAGUGAAAUAUUUUUAUAUUAACUUGUCUAAUAAAUGUUCAUUUAUAUAUGCAUAAGAAACUAUUUAGAUCUCAUUGCUGCAAUAAUUGCAUUAAAAUGUGUGCUGAAUUAAAUAGAAUUGCUUUAAAUUGAUAAGUAGCACAUGCCGAUUAUUAUUAAAAAAUUUUAAUUAUAGCAGAUAGACGUUUAUUUUGAGUUUAUAUAUUUUUUUACAGUUUUUCUUUUGCAUUAUAUGAAACAUUUCAAAUUAUCAUAUUAUCUCUAAUCGUAGAUGUCUCUAACGUAAUGUAAAGCAUUACAAUACGAUUGAUAUAAAAAAUUAUAUGAAAAUACACAUUUUAAGUUUCAGAAAAAUGUCAAAGUAUUGGCAAUUUUUAAUUUUGGGAAGUUAAAUCCAUGGAAAUUUAAUUUGCAACUGAAAACUUUUUCAAAUAGCUUCCCAUUUGUCACCAAUUGAUCCAUAGCUUUUUGAAUCUCAGUUUUGUUGUGUUUAUUAUAUAAAUUCGCGACUACGUCAGUCACACUAUAAGAUCUAUUUUGCAUCUUCAUGUAAUCAUACACAGCCAAUGUAGAAAGUAUGAUUAAAUGUUGAGGUAUCACAAAGUGAAAUUUUUGUUUAUCCUGUCUGCGACUAAGAGAGAAUAUGAUUGUUUUUUGGAAUGUAUGUGAAAUUUGCAAUAUGCUGAUAUUAUUGCGAAUUAUGUGUGCAUACGUGACUUCCUCUGUAUUUACAUACAUAAACUACUGUACAAAGGAUAGAAAAAUUUCAUUAAGGAUAUAAUAUAUUCUUAAAAGAAUAUAAAAUUAUAUAUCCUAAUAAUGUACAAAGUGUAUCUCAUUGUUUUGUUCUUAUGUAUCCCAUUAAAGCAGCAACAACGAUGUAGAGUGUAGAGUGCGGCGAUAGAUGUAUCAAUAUGUAUGUGUCCUGUAAUACAUAGAUUGAAAUAUUUAUUUUCAUCUUAUUAAAAAGAGUAAUGAUUUA